AUGAAGCCUGUUUCCAUCUUCCUUGUGUUGUUCGUUUUCUUCCUGGUCGUUCUUGAGUCGCCGGCGAAGAUAGAAGCCGAGGACAAGUUCAAAUGCGUGGUUGAGUACGGUGGAGACGUGGGUCCCACAUUCUGUAACCCUAAAUUCUUCCCGACGCUGUGCCGUCAAAACUGCCGGACUUUCAAAGGUGCCAAAGGCGGUAAGUGCGUCAAGAGUCCCAAACACAAACAUAUCAAAUGUUUCUGUGACUACUGCAAAGACGAGUAG